CCUGGUUAAAAUUGCUUAUUUCUCUGGAUUUAAACAUUCUUGGAAACUUUUGGGAUAAUGUAAUACAGAACGACUGAUUGUUUUCACAAACCAGUGCUGAUCUGUUUGCAAUGGCAGUUUAGCUUUAGUAUGUCAGAGGAGCGAGGAAAGGACUCUCUCUCAAAGAUGAGUCUCUCAGAGGAACAGAGUGAAAGAUCAGGCUCACAUGUGUCCAGCUCUGUUUCUGUGAAGAGUGACCAUUCAAAGGAUGGUGGCAAACCGAACUUCAGUGAGAAAAAAACAUCUACAAAAAGUGAAAGAUCAGGCACAUAUGUGUCCAGCUCUGUGUCUGUGAAGAGUGACCAUUCAAAGGAUGGUGGCAUACCGAACUUCAGUGAGAAAAAAACAUCUAUAAAAAGGUUUCAAAGUGAAACAUUAGAUUCAGAUUUCCAGACUCACAGGAAGCACAAGAAUUUAACAGACAAUCUCCUGUGGAUCUUUCAGGAUCUUGAGAGUAAAAUAAUGACGUUUCUGAAGAAUGAGCUGGAAAAGUUUAAGAAAAUAUUACAAAAAGAGAACAAACAAUACUUUGUGAAGGACUUUAAUGAGAAUAGAUGCAGUAUCAAAGAAGCAGCUCUUGAUCUCACACUACACUACCUAAGAGAGAUGAAGCAAGAUGAAACUGCCGAUACACUAGAAGAUGAGCUGCACUUCAUUCAUCCACUAAAAUGUGACCUAAAAAUGAAGUACCAAUGUGUGUUUGAAGGAAUAGCAAAGCAAGGUGACUCCACACUUCUGAAUAACAUCUACACAGAUCUCUAUAUCACUCAGGGUGGUAGUGAACAGGUCAAUACUGAACAUGAGGUAAGACAGAUUGAAGUUGCUUUCAGACGUCAUGAAUCACAAGAGAUACCAGUUCAAUGCACAACGAUGUUUGAAGCACCUGAACAAGACAAGGAGUUAAGAACUGUUCUGACAAAAGGAGUUGCUGGCAUCGGAAAAUCUGUCUCUGUGCAAAAGUUUGUUCUGGAUUGGGCUGAAGGAAAAGAAAAUCAAGAUAUCAGCUUCAUAUUUCCUCUUCAAUUCAGAGAGAUGAACUUAAAAGAAAAUGAAAAACUAUGUUUGAUGGAUCUUAUAACUCAGUUUUUCCCAGAGACAAAAGGACUGAACCUUACAAGAAGGAAUAAUUUUAAAGUGCUGUUUAUCCUCGAUGGUUUGGAUGAAUGUCGCCUUCCUCUAAACUUUGAGGGUAAUGAGACGUGGCGUGAUGUUUCGUCACCAGCCUCUCUGGAUGUUCUCCUAACGAACCUUAUCAAGGGAAAUCUGCUUCCUUCUGCUCUCAUCUGGAUCACCACCAGACCAGCAGCUGCCAGUAAGAUUCCUCCUGACUGUAUUGACCGACUGACAGAGAUUCGAGGAUUCAAUGAUGCACAAAAGGAACAGUACUUCAGAAAAAGAUUCACAGAUGAGAAAAUGGCCAAUAAAAUCAUUGACCAUGUUAAACAAUCAAAGAGUCUCUUUAUCAUGUGCCACAUACCAGUCUUCUGCUGGAUUUCAGCCAUUGUUCUUCAGAACAUUUUGGAGGAGAAAAGAAAUGAUGAUCUGCAAAACAAUCAGGCAGAUGAUGCCUCUAAAAUGCUGCAGGAAUCAAAUACUGAAGACACUCCAAAGACUCUGACACAAAUGUACACACACUUUUUCCGCUUUCAGAUCCAACAAAGCUGCCGAAAGUAUGAUGGAGAAUAUGCACCAGAUGUUUCCUGGGAUAAAGACACCAUUCUUUCACUGGGGAAACUGGCAUUUCAGCAGUUGAAGAAAAAAAACCUGAUCUUCUAUGACACAGACCUGGAAGCCUGUGGUAUUGACGUCUACAAGGCAUCAGUUUACUCAGGCAUGUGUACCCAAAUAUUUAAGGAGGAAUCAGGGCUCACACUUGGUACCAUGUACUGCUUUGUUCACUUGAGCAUUCAAGAAUUUAUUGCAGCCCUUUAUGCACAUCUGUUUCUAGACAUCCACAAGAAAAGUGUGUUUGUUCAAGAGUUCACAGAACAGGAAAACAAAAAUGAAACCAUGAUUGAUUUGCUCAAGACUGCAGUGGACAAGGCACUGGAGAGUGACAAUGGACACCUGGAUCUUUUCCUUCGCUUCCUUCUCGGUCUGUCACACCAGUCUAAUCGUCCACUCUUACGAGGUCUGUUGACACAGCAAGAUGGCAAUGACCUGAUAAAAAAGGAAAUAGUUCAGUACAUCAAGCAGAAAUUUGAAAAAAAUCUGUCUCCAGAGAGAUCCAUCAAUCUGUUCUACUGUCUAAAUGAACUGAAUGAUCAAACUCUGGUGAAAGAGAUUCAGACCCAUCUUAGCAAAGGAAGUCUCUCAUCGGCUGACCUUUCACCUGCCCAGUGGUCUGCUUUGGUCUUUGUGUUGCUGACAUCAGAGGAAGAGCUGGAGGAGUUUGAGCUUCAGAAAUUCAAGAAAUUAGACGAGUGUCUCAUUACAUUAUUGGCAGUCAUUAAAACAUCCAAAAGAGCUCUGCUGAAUGAUUGUAACUUAACAUACAAAAGCUGUUCAGCUCUGGCUACAGUUCUUAGUUCAGAUACCAAUCUGAAAGAGUUGAACAUGAACAAUAAUAAUCUGCAGGAUUCAGGAGUGAAGCUGCUCUGCACUGGACUGGAGAAUAUAAAGUGUAAAUUGGAAAUACUGAGACUUUCAAACUGCAGUAUUACAGAAGAAGGUUAUAAAGCUCUGGCUUCAUCUCUGAGAUCAAACCCUUCACACCUGAUAGAGCUGGAUCUCACAGGAAAUUAUCCUGGACAAUCAGGAUUGAAGCAGCUCAAUGAUUUACUACUGGAUCCAAACUGUCAACUGAAGACACUGAGGUUUUUGAGUCCUGCAGCUGAUGAAGCCUGUCAGUAUGUGACUGGAAUUGUGGGUAAAAACCCGUUACUCCUGACAGAGCUGAAUCUGAGUGAACAUAAACUAGGAGACACACGAGUGAAUCAGAUCGCUGCUCUACUGCAGGAUAAACACUGUAAAUUCAACACACUGACUCUGUGGGAUUGCAGUAUUACAGAGAAACAAUGUCUCAUCCUGACUUCAGCUGUGAAAUCAAACCUGUCACACCUGAGAGAACUGGACCUGAGUGAGAAUAAAAUAAGAAACACUGGAGUGAAGCACUUAUGUGACAUACUGAAGGAUACACAGUGUAAACUGGAGAGAUUGAGGUUAAGAUACUGUGAUCUGACAGAUGAAGGUUGUUCUGCUGUGACUUCAGCUCUGAAAUCAAACCCAUCACACCUGAGAGAACUAGACCUCAGUGUGAAUUAUCUAAGAGACUCUGGAGUGAAAAACCUCUGUGAUCUACUAAUGAACCCACAAUUCAAGUUAGAGAAACUAUGUCUGUAUAGAUGCAGUAUUACAGAGAAACAGUGUCUCAUCCUGACAUCAGCUCUGAAAUUAAACCCAUCACACCUGAGAGAGCUGGACCUGAGUGUGAAUUAUCUAGGAGAUUCUGGAGUGAAAAACCUCAGUGAUCUACUGAUGAACCCACAAUGCAAGCUGGAAAAACUACAUCUGUGUGAAUGCAGUAUUACAGAGAAACAGUGUGUCAUCUUGACUUCAGGUCUGAAAUCAAACCCAUCACACCUGAGAGAGCUGGACCUGAGUAAGAAUAAAACAGAAAACACAGGACUGAAGCACUUAUGUGAUGUACUGAAGUAUUCACACUGUAAACUGGAGAGAUUGAGGUUAAGAUACUUUGAUCUGACAGAAGAAGGUUGUUCUGCUGUGACUUUAGCUCUGAAAUCAAACCCAUUUCACCUGAGAGAGCUGGACCUCAGUGUGAAUUAUCUAAGAGACUCUGGAGUGAAAAACCUCAGUGAUCUACUGAUGAACCCACUACUCAAGUUAGAGAAACUACGUCUGUAUAGAUGCAGUAUUACAGAGGGAAAGUGUCUCAUCCUGAUUUCAGCUCUGAAAUUAAACCCGUCACACCUGAGAGAGCUGGACCUGAGUGGGAAUAAUAUAGAAAACACAGGAGUGAAUCACUUAUGUGACAUCCUGAAGGAUUCACACUGCAAACUGGAGAGAUUGAGCCUACAUGACUGUGGCAUUACAGAUGUUUCUUCUUUGACUCAGUCUUUGACAAGCACUAAAGCACUGCAGUUUUUAAAAGAGCUUGAUCUGAGAAAUAAUACGAUCAGAGACUCAAAGCAGCUCAGUGAAGUGAUACGAGACUCACACUGUAAACUGAGCCUAGGGAGAGACCUCUUGGUUAAUUUUGGUAGAUUGUUUACUUCAUCUAAAGCUUGGGAGAGACCUGUGAAAUCAACAACAUAAGAAAAGUAAUUAUCAGAUGAAAGAUCCUGCAAAGGUUCUUAAUAUAAUACUGUAAUAAAAGAAUAUGUGUCAUUGUGUGAUGGAAAUUUUGAUGAGACGCUGCUAUACAGCAAUUCAUAAAUACUAAUACUGCAAAACCUUCAGCUAUUAUUAAUUCAAGCUGUUUAAAUACACACAUUGCAUAGUAAAUUUAAACCACUUCAAAUGGCAUUGGUUUAACAAACGUUCAUCUUAUCAUACUCACGUUUGUGUAUUACUAAAAAUGAUUUCUAAUGUAUACAGUUGUUGUUAUUUUACUUUUUUUUAGAGGUAAAAUAGAGAAGGAAGAAGAGCCUAAGCAUAGCUAAAAUUAGGUGGAUUAGCAGUAAUGAGAGUCUUUAGUUUCCUACAUCAUAAUGAUGUUGGGAUUAAACUCGUCCAUAAUUAAGAAAUUAAAACAUUGCUAAUUUUAAUUAUCAAAUUGUACUUAAAUAUAUAUUAAAUUAAUAUUGGUGGAAUGUUUUCUUCUGAGCUAACUAGUUAUUCAUAUUACCAGGGUUAGAAGUAUCCUUAAUAUAGGUACAGGUUAUUUUGGUGUAUGUGUAUAAAUGAUAUGCUAUAUUAGCUAAUAGCUUUAUUUUAUGAUUAGUAGGGUUUUUUUUUUUCUUAGAAAAGCCUUUCUCGGGACCCGAGAUGCAAAUUAGCUCAUGCUAUACUCUCAAUGUACAAUACAUAUUUUCCAGCCAUCUCUAUUCAAAUAAACUUAUUAAUAAAGAAAUAAAAAUCAUCGUGAAGACAUGUACAGAGAUUUAAAUCAAUGUCAGAUGUAUUAAUGUCUUAUCAAUGUCAGAUAUAUAUUUCUUUACACCGUUGUUGAUAUUAUUAUCAUUGUUUUAUUUUACAUUAAUCUGUUUUACAUUUAUAUUUCUUUCAUUUUAUAUUCAGAAUAUAUUUUUAAAUUUCUAUAAAGUCCUGUCUCAUAAUGCAGAAAUAUAUCUGCACAUAAGACUACAAAGCUUUGACUGAUGUACAGUGAGAGGAUGAUGCCUGUUCUCCCAGACUACCUAAUAUUUAGUAUUACCAGUUGAGCGCAUUCACGUGCCCAUACAUCUAUUAUAUACUUUUAUAUCUAUUCAAUACUUUUUUGUUUUUCUCUUUUGCCAUUAUAUUGUAUUUUUAAAAUGUAUUGACAUAUUGUGUAAAUAUACAAAUAAAAACUUGAUGAUUUUAUUUUGUUUGAAAAGUUUCAGUAGCCAUAACUGGAGUGUAAUUGGAAUAGUUUCAACAGCAGUUUCUCACCAUUAGAGGUCAGCGCAAUACUGCAAUAUCAUGUGAAGUAUAAGCAACAAUUUUAGGAUGUCACUAGAGGCAUUUCUCAAUACCAAGUAUGCAAAGUUCGCACUUGACAUGUUCGACUUAGAAGAACGGACUCACGAGGACGACAGGACGCAAGUUUAGUGAUUCUGCAAAUGGCACAGCAGUGUACUUGUUAGCGUCACUCAGCUCACUCUACUCCGGUUAUCUCUGUAUGUAUAUUUUAAGCCACAAUAAAAGGAAAUAUGUUAUAAAACA